GUGGGAGGGUUUUAGCUAGCUAAUAAGUACUGGUGUGGAGGGAAUUACAUCAUCCUUAAUAUAUAAUUACACGCACCGACGGGAGGAGAUAUUUUCAACUGUUAGCUACUCACAAAGAAGGCAGCUGAAAAGAUAUCGCAGUAUGGCUCUUUCACUGACAUCAUCGGAGACGGACAAAAGCAUCCUCCGUAACUACCUGAAGUUCUGCCCACAGCCAGAUGAUGCAGUACAGGUUAUGUACGUAUGGAUAGAUGGCACUGGGGAAGGUCUGAGAGCAAAGACCAAGACGUUAGAUUUUGAGCCCAAAGCUGCAGAAGAGUGUCCAGUAUGGAACUUUGAUGGGUCAAGUACAUACCAGGCAGAGGGCUCCAACUCAGAUAUUUACCUCUACCCCGCCAGGCUGUUCAAGGAUCCUUUCCGCGGUGGCAAAAACAAGCUUCUGCUCUGUGAAACUUACAAAUACAACAAGAAGCCAACAGACAGUAACAAGAGAUGGUCUUGCAAAACAGUGAUGGACAAGGGGGCACAGUCAGUGCCAUGGUUUGGAAUUGAACAGGAAUACACUCUACUGGCCCAAGAUGGACAUCCAUACGGCUGGCCCAAGAAUGGAUACCCAGGACCACAAGGUCCUUACUACUGUGGCGUUGGUGCUAACAAGGUGUAUGGGCGUGAUGUCGUGGAGGCGCACUACAGGGCGUGUCUUUACGCUGGAGUCAAAAUUGCCGGUGAAAAUGCAGAGGUGAUGCCCGCCCAGUGGGAGUUCCAAGUGGGCCCCUGCGAAGGUAUCGAGAUGGGUGACCAUUUGUGGAUGGCACGCUUCAUUUUACAUCGUGUGGCUGAAGAUUUCGGCAUCAUCGUCACCCUGGACCCCAAGCCAAUGCCUGGGGACUGGAACGGCGCGGGUGCUCACACUAACUUCAGCACAAAACCCAUGAGAGAUGAGGGAGGAAUCAAGGUCAUUGAAGAUGCUAUUGAGAGGUUGUCAAAAAAUCACCAGAAGCACAUCAGAAUGUACGAUCCUAAAGACGGACAGGACAACAGACGCCGUCUGACAGGGCUCCACGAGACAUCCAGUUUUGACGACUUUUCUGCCGGUGUUGCCAACCGUGGCUGCAGCAUCCGUAUCCCUCGCCAGGUCGGAGAAGACGGCAAAGGUUACCUGGAGGACAGACGACCAGCCUCCAACUGUGAUCCAUACAUAGUUACGGAGCUGCUGGUCCGCACGUGUGUACUUAACGAAGAGUAGAGCGAAAAUAACUUUACGUUUGGGACUGAAAAUUACUUAUUUUGUAACCAAAAGCACACAUGAUACAAGAAGUAUGAAUUCUGCAAGAAGUAGAUAAAAGUGCUCUGUAUGGGAAGUGUGAAAUAUUGAAAAGAAAUCUCUUUAUUGUUUUAAAUUUGAAAAGCAUUUUUGAUGUUUAACAGACAGUAAAAAGUGAGGCAAUACAUUGCAUCAUGAAUAAUUUAUUUUGACAGUCGCAAAAUAAUCAGGAAAUGAAAUGGUUUUUACGGGAUGUAAGAAGUAGAUAAUGAACCAUCUAUGAAGGCAUUUAAUGAAGCUUUUAUAUUUGUAAUCCUGUACUUUUUUGAGUUAAAGGGGAUUGCUUAUUAUUUAUGUGUAAGAUAUAUUUACUGCUUAAUAUUAAAAACAAAAUGUAUUAACAAUGACAUCAAUCAUCCUUGUAUGACCUGCAUUUUCUGGAGGGACCUUCCCUUUUAAGGACACCUUAGUAAUAUACGUAUUAUAAGGCGAAAAGAAAAAUGCUCUUUGUAAGAUACAUUUGUAAAUAACAUUUCGUGUUUCAGUGUUUGUCUUUAAGAAAAGAAAUGCUGUCAUUGAUGAAUUAACAACAGCAUGAUAAGAGUCUGGAGAACUGCCAUUGUAAAAAAAAAAAGUUAUUCAAAGUAUAUUUAUCUUGCCAGUAGAUAAAUGUAACAGUGGUGAUGGGCACACGUAAUAAAUCUUGUAAGCAAAAGAACAUUAGAAUUAGUCUAAAGACUGUAUCUUCCUUUGUAGCAUAAUAAAGUAGUGACUGAUCUUGUUCGUGCAGCACCAGGGCAAGAGUGCGGUAUUAUUAUGUUGUGGAAAGUAGUGCGAUCUUCUUCCCCCUAGUGGUCCACAGUUGGCGUAAACAAUAUAAGCAGAUUGAAAUUUGUAAGACGAGGCAGCUAUUUUACGCUUUGGUGGAAGAAUAUGUUACUAAUUGUAAGAUCUGUAUUUCUGUUCUUUUGAUUAAAAGUGGAAAGUAAAAAUUAAAA